AUGCCUCCAAUAACAAUAGCAGAACUCCUCACCGACCUCUCUACCCUCAAGGCUAGCGAACCGGCGGACGCUCUAUCGCUGGUCACGAUCGAUCCGUCUCUUCUCCCGGCAUCUCUUAAGCCAGCUGAGGGUGAUGAUCAAAAUGAUACGUUAGCUGCCGCAAGGGAGUUGAUAGAUUUACAUGUUGAAAUAUCGCAGCGGAAGGGGUUGGAGGAACUUGCUGGGGGGCGAGGUCAGGUGGAGGAGAUUGUGAGGAAGGUGCAGGAGAAAGUCUAG